AUGCUUGCAACCGAGACGGCCCUCUAUGCCUUGGGUGCGAUGAUGUUUCUCACGUUUCCAGCGCCGUACCUUCUCGCCUCUCUCUACACGCUCUGCACCGGCAUGGAUGUCAUCUCGCGCGUCUCGUGGACCGACGACGUCCAAGCCCAAUGCACCAACGCGCUCGCACCGCUCCAAGCGUCGAUGGCCCACCACUUGGCUCGCAGCUGGUCAAGCUCCAGCUACUUUACUCUACUCUGCGCGACGUGGUAUGUGCUUCACUUGGUCGUUGACCUCCCAGCGUAUGUCGAAAUUGGCGUCUUGGUCCUCUGCGCGCCGCCCGCCUGCGACAGCGCCUACCACAGCUUCUUGCGUCGGCGAAAGGAGCUUGAACGGAUGCAGUGGGUCGUCGUGCGCGACUCGAUGACCCAAGUCCAGUCGGCAGCGCAGACGGCACUCGACGACAUGACGAAGACCAAGACCAAUUCACCGAAGCUCAUUGGCUCGUCGUGCGGCGGUGAUGCUAACGACGACCGGCGGACGACGAACUACACGCCACCGACAAACGCCAUGCACGCGGUGCUGCUGGCUCUGGACCGCCGCCUCUUGCCACCGCUCGUAUCGCGCUUCGUUGCCGACCUUGUGGACAAGGUUGUCGGUGACGAUGAUGACGGCGACAUGCGACUCUAG